AUGCCGAACCUAGUCGCCAUCGACGUCUCAGUCACCGACAACCGCAUCCGGCUGAGAUUCUCGGACCGCGCCGUGGCGGCCGCCUAUGCGGCCUACCUCCGCGCGCAGGACCGGCGGCCGCCACAGCAGCAGGCCAUCCCGGGGUACCAGCGCCUGCCGCACUUUCACGCCGCCACCAAGGAGGUCAGCUUCACGCUGCCAGACUUCAUUACCUGGUUCAUCACCUGCCGCCUCCCCGACGACGAGGACAGCGUGACGUUCACAGCCGCCGACGCCGACGCCGCCCGCGCCGCCCGCUGGGCCGCGUCCGCCGUGCUGUUCGAGCCCAUGCCCGAUCCGACGCUGCCUCGCCUGCCCUUCGCUGCGCGGGCCUUCCACGACGACAACUACGACGGCGGCGGCGGCGGUCACCCUGUCGCUUUCUCCCGGCAGCUAUGCGUGCGCCGGCUGUGGAACCGGACCGUGCUGCUGCGCCGGCUGGAGGAG